AAGUUUUUUUUUUUUCUCCGUUGUGGUUACGUAGAAGUCGACAUAUUCUGGUCAGACAGACACUUGUCAACAUCUCGACCUGAGCGGAACCGGCCUUUAAUAACUACAGAGAACAUUUGUCUUCGUUGCUAUCUUUUUUAGUGUAGAUAUUUGUAUUUUUGUUCGUAGGUUCAAUUCGUUGACAGACGCAAGAAUCAUCUCUUGCGACAAGGCCUGCAGGUUCACCUCGGAAAACUACCUGCGGGAAGCAUCAACACUACAAGAGGUAAAAAAAAUAAAUAAAUAAGAAGAGGAGAAGGAGGCAAAAGAAGAAGGUGUCUGUCGUCGUCUUGGUUUAAAUUUCAGCGGUUUAGUCCGGGUAUUGAUCCCUGAUGGACUACAUGGACAGUGGACUGAGAUACACACCAAACUCGGACAAAGACUGGGACACUUCUGUCCAGUUCCUGCCAGCAUCAGAUAACAAAAAGCUUGAGAAGAAAAAGGGUCCAGGAAAAAUUGGUGCUGUGAUCGGUGUGGUGAUCUUUGCUGCUGUUAUUGCACUUAUGACCGGACUGCUGGUCUGGCAUUUCCACUUCCGUAAAGAUGUGCGGAUCAAGAAGAUGUACAGCGGCUCCAUGCGGAUCACCAACCAGGUGUUUGAAAACGCCUAUGAGAACGCAAACAGCUCUGAGUUCAAGGCGCUGGCAAAACAGGUGACUGCACAGCUUAAAGCCAUCUAUUCCAAAAGUCCACAGCUGGCCAAAUACCAUGUUGGUUCUGUAGUUCAAGCUUUCAGUGAAGGCAGCGUCAUUGCCUACUACCUGACUGAGUUCCGCGUCCCCACAGGCCAAGAGGCAGCUGUUGACAAGGCCAUGGCUUCAAUAGAAACUCUGGUGGACAAAGAGCAGCGCACCGUGAAAAGACCUGGCAACUCUCUGGUCCUUGCAGAUGUGGUGUCUUCAGAGCUUGAUACCCGCCUGAUUUCAACAUCAUUCAGCCGAUUUUUCAGGUUUUCAGAACAUACAAAGACCAAUCAGAUAGAUGAGAUCCAGUCCCCUGGCUUCCCUAACAGCCCUUAUCCCCCCAACACCUUCAUCCAGUGGCAGCUGAGAGCAGACCCGAGCUAUGUCAUCAAGCUUGAGUUUGAUACAGUGAAUCUGGAGGAGGACUGCAAGAAUGACUUUGUCAAAAUCUACGAUUCCCUGGUCGCCAUUGAGAGCCGUGUUAUGGACGAGAUAUGUGGUUACUAUUCACCCAGUGAACCUCUGACCUUUCUAUCAUCGGGCAACGUCAUGUUGGUGACGAUGGCCACAAAUGACAAGAAGAACUACCCAGGUUUUAGAGCAAAAGUCUCACAAGUCCGAAAGGGAAGUAAAGGCACAUCAUGUGGUGGCCAGCUGACAGGCGAAAAAGGCACCUUCUCUUCUCCCAACUUCCCAAACUACUACCCUCCUCGAACUUCAUGUCAGUGGUCAAUCGAGGUCCCUAAAGGUAAGGCAGUGAAGGUGACGUUCAAUAAGUUCCUCAUGUCUGAGCCCGGGCAGGGAAAAGACUGUCGCAAGGACUACGUGGAGAUCAAUGGAAAGAAACUGUGUGGAGAUCAACCUGUAGGAACAGUGACAGAAACUAGUGACACCAACAAAAUGAGCGUGGUGUUUUUCUCUGAUGCCUCCUAUGUAGACAAAGGUUUUGAUGCAUCGUUUGAGGCCAUUGACGUCAAAGACCCUUGUCCAAAGCAGUUCCAGUGCAACAAUCAGCGCUGCAUUAAGUUAGACCUCAAAUGUGAUGGCUGGAAUGACUGUGGAGACAUGAGUGAUGAGAUAAACUGCAAGUGCAGUGCAGAGAGUAUCAACUGUAAAAAUGGAUUGUGUAAGCCUGUCUUCUGGAAAUGUGAUGGCAUAAAUGACUGUGGAGACGGCACAGAUGAGCUAAACUGUGGUGGUUGUAAAGCUGGACAAGUAGCAUGCAAGAAUAACAAAUGUGUCUCAGAGAAGAAUCGCUGUGAUGGUAGGGACGACUGCGGGGAUGGGUCAGACGAGCUCAACUGUGAUAGAGGCUCUGAUAUAUCCUGCACUGAUCUUACAUACAGAUGUAAAAACAAUAAAUGCAUCAGUAAAGUGAACCCAGAAUGUGACGGCACACAGGACUGUGACGAUGGAUCGGACGAGGAGAACUGCGACUGUGGGAGGAGUAUGUUCAAGACAUCACGUAUUGUGGGCGGUCAGGAUGCAGAGGAAGGGGAGUUUCCCUGGCAGGUCAGCCUCCAUGUCAAAAGUUACGGCCACGUGUGUGGAGCAUCCAUCAUCAGUCCAAACUGGCUGGUCACUGCUGCCCACUGUGUGCAAGAUGACGGAAGGACAAGGUAUUCCCAGCCUGGUACUUGGGAAGCUUACCUCGGCCUUCACACCCAGAGGAACGUUAAUAGUGCCGUAGUGAAGAGGAACCUGAAGCAGAUCAUACCCCACCCUAACUACAACGCAUAUACCUUUGAUAAUGACAUUGCCCUGAUGGAGCUGGAAAGUCCUGUUUCUUACUCUGACUACAUCAGGCCCAUCUGCUUGCCAGCCUCCCAACAUGAUUUUCCAGUUGGAAACACUGUGUGGAUCACAGGAUGGGGCGCCACACGAGAAGGAGGAUUUGCUGCAUCAGUGCUCCAAAAGGCCCAGGUCCGAAUUAUAAACCACUCUGUGUGUAACAAUUUGAUGGGCGGGCAGCUCACAUCUCGGAUGUUGUGUGCGGGAGUGCUGACCGGAGGAGUCGAUGCUUGUCAGGGAGACUCUGGCGGUCCUCUGUCCAGUCCAUCCAGCACUCGGAUGUUCCUGGCAGGAGUGGUUAGUUGGGGUGAUGGCUGUGCUCGCAGAAACAAACCUGGUAUCUACACAGCAGUCACCAAAUUCCGUGGCUGGAUCAAGGAGAAGACAGGAGUUUAGACCACUGUGAACUGGCCAAACAAGGCUGAAGAUAUGGACAUGAUUACGUGGCUGAUGAGAAGUACCACAGUGUGGACUGUUGCUUCAGUAAAACACCAGUCUGACUUUCCAGCUGACGUAGUAGCCACGACUCUCAGUCUAGCUGCGGUGGAAAAUGCACUGUUUGCUUGACAUUUUAUUACAUUCCACUGCAGUUUUAUAAGGGCAGAGUUGAUGAAAUGUUUUUGAAUGUAAAUAAGCAUGCUGUUUCUUUUUUGUUGUUGUUAUUUUAGCGUGUUUUUAUGGAGAACAAUGUUAUGUGUCGCACAAUAAAUGAAUUUCAGGUUUGAUUGUUACACGUUACAUGUAUGAAAUGUGCAUCCCUGUACUCUGUUGUCCCGUGUUUUAUCAGAAGCCAUCAUAAGACUUUCCCACCACUUUUUCUUGUUGUAUUUGUUAUGGAUUAAAAACAAAAUGACAACAAGCUUAUUCCAUCUUACCUCCUAUGGCUUGGUAUACUAUGCAUUUUAUUGUUGAUUUUUAAUCCAGCAGAAAUCUCUGAAAGUUAGUGAUAAGAUUGUUGACUUGAUUUUGACAUUUUAACAGUUUUUUUUUUUU